AUGUUUGUUAGCCUCUUGUGCUUAGUGGCGUCCGCCGCUACUGCAGCCAUUGCAAGCCCCCUUGCGCAUCCCCGCGCCGUUGUUGCACGCAAUUCAACCUCCAUCGAUAGCUGUCCUGGCUACAAUGUGUACAACAUCGUUAAGACCAACUCCUCCCUUACAGCUGAUCUCAAGCUCGCUGGACCAGCGUGCAAUGUGUUCGGAAAAGAUCUGGAUGCAUUGACGCUGCUGGUGGAGUACCAGACCAUCUACCAAGUGCAGGAGUCCGUUCUCCCACGACCCAACAACGAUGCUGUUGAAGCAUCCGGAGCUGCUCUCGAAUUUGAUCUAACCGAGAAGCCCUUCUCAUUCCAGGUGAAGCGCAAAGAUUCUGGCAAGAUACUCUUUGACACGUCGGGACCCGGUGGCACGUUGAUCUUCGAGUCACAAUAUGUUCGUCUCCGCACCCAGCUGCCGCAAAACCCCAGCUUGUACGGCCUUGGCGAGCAUUCCGACUCCUUUCAACUGGAGACCCAUCGUUACACACGCACGCUCUGGAACGCCGAAUCACCGUUCAUCCCUGACCAUGCAAACUUGUACGGCAGCCACCCCAUGUACUUUGACCACCGCGGUGGCAAUGGCACGCAUGGUGUGUUCCUCUUGAACUCCAAUGGCAUGGAUAUCAACAUCGACAAUCCGUCUUCGGGCACUUUCCUGGAGUACAAUACCUUGGGCGGCGUCAUUGAUCUAUACAUAGUAGCCGGUCCCGGCCCUGUGGACGUCAACAAGCAGUAUGCCGAGAUAGUUGGACUACCUGCCAUGCAGCCGUAUUGGACCUUCGGCUUCCACCAAUGCAAGUACGGCUACAAUGACACCUUGGAUGUGGCUGAAGUCAUCGCCAACUACUCCACAGCUAAAAUCCCUCUCGAAGUCAUGUGGACGGAUAUCAACUACAUGGACAAGCGCCAAGACUUCACGACUGAUCCUCAGCGCUUCAAGAUGGGUAUGAUGCGGGAGCUUGUUGAUGUAUUGCAUAGCCGUAACCAGCGCUAUAUUCUGAUUCUCGAUCCUGGAAUCCACAUGGUGUCGGGUCUCGACUCAUACAAGCGCGGCGUGAACCAAGAUGUCUUCUUAAAGACUGCAAACAACGCCACAUACGAGGCCGUCGCUUGGCCUGGGGUAGUCGCCUAUCCGGACUGGUUCGCUCCAAAUACUGAGAAGUGGUGGACGGACGAGCUUGGUCGAGCCUUUGACCCAGACACGGGAGUUGAUAUAGAUGGUGUUUGGGUGGAUAUGAAUGAAGCCUCAAACUUUUGUCCAGAUGUAACAUGCGUCCCUGAAGUAUUUGCAAGCCAAAACGAUAUCCCGCCGGCACCCGCACAGGCACCGCGAAAUGACACUGGCCGCAUAAUUCCUGGUUUCCCCAAAGAUUUCCAGCCUCAAUCAAAGCGCGACUCUGGAGAUAGCAUGAAAGGCCUUAACGGCCGUAACCUCCUCCUCCCACCCUAUGGCAUUCACAACCACCAGGGCGAUAUCUCAAACCGCGCCAUCUGGACUAACAUCUCCAACUACGACGGAACUGUCCAAUACGACACCCACAAUUUCUACGGCACCAUGAUGGCCUACACCUCCCGCACCGCUAUGCUUGCCCGUCGCCCCUCAAAACGCCCCUUUGUCCUCACCCGCAGCACCUUCGCUGGCGCGGGCCGCAAAGUCGCUCACUGGUUCGGCGACAACGCGUCAGAGUGGAAGCACUACCGCAUCACCAUCCAGCAGAUGCUGACGUUCGCCUCCCUCCACCAGAUGCCAAUGGUCGGCAGCGAUGUGUGCGGCUUCAACGAGAACACCAACGAGGAGCUGUGCGCGCGAUGGGCCAUGCUCGGCGCCUUCCAGCCCUUCUACCGCAACCACGCGGACAUCACCGCGGCCAAGCAGGAGUUCUACCUCUGGCCGAUCGUCACGGCGGCCGCGAAGAAGGCGAUUGACGUCCGGUAUAAGCUCGCGGACUACAUCUACACGGCUUUGUACAGGCAGACGCAAAACGGAACUCCUCUCGUGUCGCCGCUGUUUUUUGCGUACCCCAAUGAUUCGAACACCUUCGGCAUUCAAACACAGUGGCUGUACGGCCCUGGUCUACUCGUGUCUCCUGUCAUGGACGAGAACAGCACGAGCGUCAGCAUCUACCUCCCCGACGACAUCUGGUACGACUACUGGACCGGCAAGGCCAUCCGCGGGCACGGCAAGAGCAUCACGCUGAAUAACGUCGAGCUCACGGACAUCCCGCUGCACAUCAAAGGCGGCAGCAUCAUCGUCCAGCGCGCCUUCUCGGCGAUGACGCUGGACGAAGUCCGCAAGCAGGACUUCAACAUCACGGUUGCGCCGGGCCUGGAUGGGACGGCGCGUGGGUCGUUGUACGUCGACGAUGGAGAGAGCUUGGUGCAAGACCCGAUUCUCGAUCUGGAGUUCUACUACGAUGGGCAGUCUUUGUUUGCGGAUGGGAUCCUUCCUGCGACCGCGAUGCAGAUUAUGAAUGUCCAGGUCCUCGACCCGCAGUCUGCGGGUGGUGCUGGAGAUAAGCGUGCUCUCAGCGUGGAUGGGCCGUGGGAGUUGAGCGAGGGGUUCAAGUGGAGUCUGUGAGCAAGUGGAGCAGCAGAUGUGGGGAGGAAUGUGUGAGAUGCGACGACGGAUGGGUUUUUGGAUGCCAACGCCAUUGCAUCUUCUAGCACUUACUGCUGGAUCAUGCAUACGGUUGGCAAUCGGGAAGAUUCUGCAUACUGCUCGCGCGCAAGCGGUGCUUGUGGCUUGCUACCUUUUUUAGUGGCUGGUACUACAUGUAACAAUCACGAGCUGUGAAUAAGACCUUCCAUCUUCUCUAUUUCAAACACCUGUACUGCUAUGGUACAACUGAUUUCUUGUGACUUCAUGGAUAGCGAGGUACGUCCCGAAGCGUUUCGCUACAAAGGAGGUACCUAGGUACUUAGAUACGUAGCGAUAUGCUAGGAUAGAUAUCCACAUUGUCACCAGUGCCUCCAGCACAACCUCAUC